AUGGGGUCCAAUGAGGCGGACAAGCCGCUGCGGCGGAUCGAUGCGUCGUUCGAGCAGCUCGCGGCCGUCGCCAAGCCACAGCAGCAGCCCGCGAUGGCGGCGGGGGACUUCUCGUGUGCCUUCUCCAACGUCUCCGUCCUCUUUGGCUGCCUCGGCAUCGCCUUCAAAUUUGCCUUGAUGGACUAUGUCGCCAAGAGCUGA